UUAUUUAAGUCCAUCAUUUUAUCUGAGUUUUCCAAGCUACUACCUAGGAAAUCUGGUUGAGGAAGUUUUUUUCUUUAUUUUUUCACUUUCAUGGCAUCUUCUCAAUCUAAUGGAGCAGAAGCAGGGGCCUGGAAGUUAGUAAUGGAGGAUGGUCAGCCCCUGAAAUCCUCUGUCGCAGUGAAGCAUACAAAGCUUUUCAUCAAUGGAGAGUUUGUGGAUUCAGUUUCAGGGAAAACAUUUGAAACUUUUGAUCCACGAACAGAGGAAGUCAUAACGAGGGUAUCAGAAGCCACAAAAGAAGAUGUUGAUUUGGCUGUGAAAGCAGCCCGGGCUGCCUUCGACCAUGGCCCAUGGCCUAGGAUGUCUGGCUAUGAGAGGGCCUGCAUACUUAACAAGUAUGCAAAUCUGCUUCAACAACAUUCCAGCGAGCUUGCAGCAUUGGAAACAUGGGAUGUGGGAAAACCUCGGGAUCUGGUUGAUAUGAUGGAUGUGCCAGAGGCCAUCGGUAUUCUUCGAUAUUAUGCAGGGUAUGCUGAUAAAAUACAUGGACUGACAUUAAAGAUGAAUGGACCUUACCAAGGAUAUACAUUGCACGAACCUAUUGGAGUUUGUGGUCAGAUUAUACCCUGGAACUUUCCCCUGCUCAUGUUUUGCCUUAAGAUUGGUCCGGCUCUGGCCUGUGGCUGCACAGUAGUUCUCAAACCUGCAGAGCACACUCCCUUAACUGCACUCUACGCUGCUUAUUUAUCUAUAGAGGCUGGAAUUCCCCCUGGCGUCCUUAAUGUGCUCCCUGGUUUUGGCGAAAUUGGUGCUGCUAUAAGCAGUCAUAUGGAUAUUGAUAAGAUUGCAUUUACAGGAUCGACUCAAACAGGGAGAUUGGUUAUGGAAGCUGCAGCAAAAAGUAAUCUGAAAGAAGUAACACUAGAACUUGGUGGAAAAUCACCUUUGAUUAUCAUGGAUGAUUUUAAUGUCGACGAAGCUGUAGAGAUUGCUUGUGUUGCUUCAUUUAUAAGCAUGGGGCAAGUCUGCAUAGCAGGUACAAGGGUGUAUGUUCAAGAAGGUGUGUACGAUGAAUUUGUGAAGAAAAUUGUAGAAAGAGCGAAGAAGCAAGUGGUAGGUGACCCAUUCAAAAGAGGAGUGCAACAUGGUCCUCAGAAUAAUAAGUUUCAAUUUGAUAAAAUUUUGAAAUACAUUCAAUAUGGUAAGAUGGAUGGAGCGAAGUUAUUAAUUGGUGGCCAUUCUUUGGGUGGAAAGGGAUAUUAUAUUGAACCUACAAUUUUCAUUGAUGUUGAGGACGAUAUGAGGAUUGCCAAAGAAGAAAUAUUUGGUCCAGUCAUGUCUAUCUUAAAGUUCAAGACUGUAGAAGAAGUUAUCGAGAGAGGAAACAAGACAAUAUAUGGUCUUGCAGCUGGAGUUUUGACUAAAAACAUAUAUGUUGCUAAUAGAGUCGCAAGAUCUCUCCGUGCAGGGACUGUUUGGAUCAAUUGUUAUCUUACAGGGGGAAGUGAUUGGUCACUUGGAGGGUAUAAGAUGAGUGGAAUAGGAAGAGAGUUUGGACCUUAUGGACUUCAAAAUUAUUUACAAGUCAAAAGUGUUAUUACUCCUCUUCAAGAUUCACCAUGGCUAUAAAAACAACCUUACAACUAUUUUUCUUAUGUUUCACUUACGAGUUACAUAAUAUGUAUUAGUUGUCUUGAACAACCUACUAUAAUAAUGUAAUACAAGUGAGUAAAUUUGAAAAAUAUAAUUUUAUAUUUUAAUGUUUAA